AUGGAAGAAGAGAGAUUAGAAAAACAUGAUGUGGUGACAACUGGAUCAGAGGCAGCACCAAAUAAAAAUGAAAAAGAGCGUGGCAUUGCAGAUUAUAAUGAGUGCACUUCAAAAGUAUCAAGUUUCAAUGGCUCUGUGAAGAAGGCAAAAGAGUGGAAAAGAACAUUGGCUUGUAAGUUAUUUGAAGAAAGACACAGUGUUGAUGGUGGUGACGGGAUGGAUUCACUGUGGGAGACAUAUGAAAUGGAGGUCAAGCCGAUAUGCAAAACGACGAAGAAGAAGAAGAAAAAGAAAAGUGAAGUUGAAUCCUACAAGGGAUCACGGGAAGAGAUCGAUCGGCAGUAUGGGAAAAUGGACAUGAGUUUGGCAGGACCUAAUCUAGGUUGGAUUUCGAAGGCCAUUAAAGGAAUUGGAUGGUUGCACUAUGUGAGCAAGAAGAAUGAGAGCCGAACAUUGUGGAAAUUAGGGACAUUGCCUCCAGGCUAUAAUCCAAGCAUAAGCAUGGAUGAGAUCAACAAUGCUGCAGUCAUGCAAUUUUGGUCUAUGAAUAUAGGUUUACCAUUUGAAGCCUAUGCUUGGAGGAUGGCUAAGCUUGUUCUAUAA